AUCAUAGGGACGUCUGGCUACAUGGAAUACCAUGGAUCUGAUGAGGAAGAGAUGGUUGUCGCCGACGAAGAUGAUGGAGAGUUAGUCACUUAUUUUGUUGAAGAUGCGGAAAAUCCGGGAAAUCUUCUGGAGGUGGUCCAUUCGGAGCGAGCAGUAGAAUGUGAAUCUCCGCCCGCGUCAUCAAAAGUAGCACCCUUACUCAUGGAGCCACAGCCAACAGGAAACCUUAGUUUCGACGAGACGAUGUGUGAUAUCAAGAGGAGGAUAAAUAUCCUGCAGGAACAAAAAAGGCAAACACGUAAUGCAGAGAGAUUAAGCAUGCUUGUUACACAAAUACGUGAUUUACAAGGACAACUUGUACGUAAUGUACCGCAGACAAAUGGAUUUAUACAAGCAACAGAACAAGAGUUUGAUGGAGAGGAAGACGAUGAAGAAGUUCGAUACGAGCGAAUAGAAGGUGAUGAUGCGGUCUGCCUCGAGAUUGAAGUGGAGAGCACUGAAGCGCCUAGUAAACCAGGAACAUCGGGACUAGCGGACCAUUACGAGGAAUUAGGUUUUGAGGCGGAACCUUACGAAGAGGUUGUCACUGCGGGUUAUCAGUUUUGA